AUUCCUACGUGUUGUCCCACAGUCUCACUGCUUUUGUCCGCAACCGCAAGCGGAAUAUCCAGAAGGGUCAAGAAAGCGAGGAAGCAGCAUCGUCUUCUACGGCACUGCCACCUUCUCCAGCUAACAUAACCAGUUCCCCCAAUCCCCAUCUAGCAGCUACUAUGAUGGCCGUGGCGCUGGCGCCUCUGCAGUUGCGCCCAAUCCCUCGUCUCCUUCCAGCGAGAAAUGGCUGCGCCGGCGCAAGUCCGCGGAUGGCCGACUUGAGCUGCAGAUACAACCAGUCCACCAAUGUAAAUGUUCAUGGACGAACAAGGCUCAGAAGCCACAUAACACGCAGAGAUGCCCUGUCAUUCAUGUCAUCCGCAUCGUUGGCCGCAUUCAUGCUCAUGGUGGCCAGUCCAGCAGAAGCUAGAACUUCGAGAUUGGAGAACAAAAAGAAAGCCUUGGAGAAGCUCAGGGAGAAGGCGUUAGCCGCAAAGGAGAAGAAUGGAGCCACCAGUAAGGAGAUGGGGCUUCCGGCGAACUUGCUAAUCCCUCGUCCAGCCGUCAAGGCUUCCUUGUGAAAGGCACUCUGCCGAUGCACCCUUUUAUGUUGAUGGCAAUGCUAAUCUGAGUUUCUACGUUGUUGGAGUCCUGUAUGACUAUGCCAACUGGAAACUGAGUUUUAAGUCUACUUUUUCUUAAUCAUUGUUGUACUGUUUGUCCAUCUGGUUAUAUGUCUGAAAAUCCAAUUAUUACAAGAAGUGCAUUUUACAUUAUAUAAGAAAGAGGAAGAUCGAGUGA